AUGAUCGAGACCAUGACCGAGCAUAACGGCGUGGGUCUGGCGGCGAACCAAGUGGGGGUGCUUGAGCGCAUCUGCGUGAUCCAGACGCCUGACAUGGAAGAGGCGAUGGUGCUGGUCAACCCGGAGAUCGUGCACAGGGAAGGGGAGCGGGAGGUCGAGGAGGGCUGCCUGAGCGUUCCGGGGUACCGGGGAAUGGUCGUGCGCUCCGAGUCGGUAAGGGCGCGGGCGCUGGACCUGAGCUCCAAGAUCUUCAAGUUGGAGGCGGAUGAGCUACUGGCGCAGGCUCUGGAACACGAGAUAGACCACCUGAACGGCAUCAUGUACCUGGACCACCUUGUGGCCCACACCACGGUGUACAAGAUCGUUGAGUCGACCGACGGCAGCGAAGAGGACGCGAAGUACGAGGCUGACGGAGCUGGCGACGAUCACGGCCACGACGGGCACGACCAUGAAAAUGGGCACGAGGAACACGGGCACGAACACACGCACGACCCGGAUUUCGAAGCUCUGCACCAGCGGCUUCACGAGAUGCGCGGCGACGCCGUCGAGCCGGGCCCAGUGGAAUCGACCUCGCAGCAGGAACCUUCCGCCUGA